AUGGAGCGCCCCGGAGUGAGGGGCCGGCGCGGCGGCCGGGGCCCGCCCGGGCUCCCGCUCGCGCUGCGGCUGGCGCUGCUGCUGGUGGGGUCGCCGUCGGGCCGCGCGGGGGCCCCCGAGGCGCCGGAGCCCGCGGCGUCCGGGACCGCGGCGCCGGCGGGGGGCGACCGCUGCCGCGGCUACUACGACGUGAUGGGCCAGUGGGACCCGCCCUUCAACUGCAGCUCGGGCGUCUACAGCUUCUGCUGCGGCACGUGCGGCUACCGCUUCUGCUGCCACGACGGCCCGCGCCGCCUGGACCAGAGCCGCUGCUCCAACUACGACACGCCGGCCUGGGUGCAGACCGGCCGGCCCCCCGCCCGCGCCCGCGACCCCGCCGCCCCGCGCGACCCGGCCCGCGAGCGCAGCCACACCGCGGUCUACGCCGUGUGCGGGGUCGCCGCGCUCCUCGUGCUGGGCGGCAUCGGGGCGCGCCUGGGCCUGGAGAGGGCGCACAGCCCGCGCGCUCGGCGCACGGUGACCAGAACACUGACAGAACUUCUCAAACAGCCAAGCCCCCAGGAACCGCUGCCUCCACCUCUGGGUCCCCCCCUGGGUAACUGUGUCCAGGUACAAAUGGGUGAUGGCGUUCUUCGGGGCUCCCCCCACGACAGCACAGACAAGAAACGCCUCAAUAACGCGCCACUGGGCUCCGCCGCCCCGGGACCUCCGCGCGGCCCGCGGCUGCAGGGCGGUGGCAGCCUCACCCUGCAGCCCGACUACGCCAAGUUCGCUACCCUCAAAGCGGCUGCGCUCAAGGCCACAGAGGCCGCGCCCCAAGACUUCUAUCAGCGCUUUCCCUCUACCGAGACCCCGCGGACCCUCCCGGCGCGGGCCCCGCGGCCUCCGGAGGACCUGCCUGCGCUGCUGGAAGCCUGUCCCUGGGCCCCCCCAGGUUACGUACCUCCCGCCGGCCCGGUCUCGUCGGUCCCCUACGCGGCCUGGACCGCGGGCCGCCCCACGCGGCCGGUCCCCCGCAGCCAUCUGGUGGCUCAGGUCUCUCCUGCCCCCCGGCGACCCGGCCACGCGCCGCGGCGUCCGUUCAGCGUGGAGAAGCUGCCCGAGGCCUUCAGCGCGCAGCCCGGCGGCUUUUACGGCGGCGGCGGCGGCGGCGUGGGCAGAGGGCCCCGCCACCUGAGCACCAACAGCAAAGCUGAGGUCACUGUCUGAAGCGGAACCACCGGAGCCUUCUGCGGGGUCCCGGGACCCCCAGGCGGGACAUGUGGAGCCUGUGGCUAAGGGGCCGGAAGGGUAGGGCCAGGUGUUGUGUUUCUGGGAAUGUAGGGCUAUCCUCACCUGUGUAAAUAAACCCUCUUAAUGUGGUUUCUGUCCCGAGGGCAACAUCAGUCGUUGUCUGUACAGAGGAGUGGCCAGAGAGGGCGGCUGGGUUGAACGGCCAACAAUGCUCGGAGCAAAUGGAGUCACGGGCGUCCUAAGGUCUGGGUUGGUGGGGGGGAAGGAGGACUGGGCCUGUUAUC